CGAUCGCACAAACUUGACAGCAAAAUUCAGUUAACCAACGCAGUACGAACAGUAAUGAACUAACUGAAAUGUUAGUUUCAAGUUUCGGUUAUGUUUUUGUUUUCAUGUGUUUGGUCCCUCGAUAUCGAUAUGUAUUAGCAGGAAACGACCUAGAAGGGAAUGUGUUGGGAUCAGAAGAUUCAGUAAGAGAGGUGUUAGUGGUGAUACCUUCUCGUGACAGAGGUAUUGCUAAACCAUCCAAUCACGUCAUUAAAUCUGCUGAGGAGGCGGAGUUUGUGGUCAAAUGUACAGAGUAUGAAGCAGAUAGUCCCAGAGCUCUUGUGUACAGCCCUCAUGGUAUAUUGUUAGAUACACUAACUCUAGCACCACAAGCCGAUGCCUGCGAGGAAACUAAGCUUACAAAAUACAUCGUGCCACAAGGUUCUAAGAAAAAAGAGCGAAACUUUUAUGUUAAAAUUAUUUACCUCUGGUCGGGAAAGAAUCCAAGAUGUGUGGAGAGGACGUACUACGUAAACAAGAAACCUCUGUAUGCGAAAGUGGAGUCGUUGGACUACCCUAGAGUAGACUGUCCUAAAGAUGUGGAACAGUUCGUGAAAUCUUUUGACCGACCAAUCAAGGCAGGGGGCAUUGUGAUGGUGGGACCAAUGGAGACAACAAAUGACAUGGAAUUUUCUGGUGACGUUCAAUAUCAACACACAACAAAUGUAGAAAUUCGAAAAGACUUUGAGGAUAAAUCUUUCUGGCUUACCUGCAAUGAAGGUUUUAUACAGUCUGAAAAUUCAGACGAAAAGAAGGAUGUAACAUUUGGGCUCAUAUCACAUGAAAAUCAUCCUGAUUUCAUUAUUGACAAACUCCAAUUGAGAUCCUGCAAUAAGAACGGUAUCAACAUCAACCGUAAAAGACUGUUGGAUGUUGUGAUAUUUAAAUUAGUAUUCAAAAAAUCUGACGGUCUAUGCUACUGUAGAAAGAUUUAUCUCUUCCCUAGCAGCCAUUAUUAUUAUUACGAAAAGUCUGUAGUUUUCAGGGAACUUCCUUUCGAAAUCGCGUGCCCUAAAUCCUUUGAAGGUGACAUUCACUUGAAUGCAGCUGACCCGUGGUACUUGAGGUGGUUCACGAAGACGGUAAAAUUUGAAGGCAAUUUUAAAUUUACACUUCCUUCCUAAAGAAAUGGUUAUAGCUUUGCCACAAAUAAUUUCAACACAUCAAAUCAAAACAAUGUUGAAAAUAAAUUACAACUGUAUCAGUAAAA